AUGGGUUUGGAGCCUGAGGUGCAGCUUUCGGACUCGAAUGAAGACCAGAUACGGUUAUGGUCUUCUCUUCUGAAAGAAGUUGCUAACGCACGAAUAGGAAAACUUCCUCAGAAAAAAGGACUUGUGAUUCUGGGUGACAGUGGAUGCGGUAAAAGCACAUUGGCAUGUCGCUUGAGUCACAAAACCCUUCCGCCGAAGAGUCCAGCUAUUGAAUACCACUUUGUGGAUAUUCGAGAUGAAGCAACCGAUGACCAGACCAAAUUGAGCGUUUGGAUACUGGAUGGCGAACUUGAGUUUAUACCGUUUCUUAAAUUUCCGUUAGACAAGAAAAGUUUUGCGGAUCGAAUGGUCAUAAUUGCGGUAGAUAUGGAAAGGCCUUGGGACAUAAUGGAACAGUUAAAGAAGUGGGCCAGUGCUCUUGAUACCUACAUUAAAAGUAUAGAUAUAUCGGUUGAGGAUAUGGACGAAUACAAAGAAAAUCUUGUUCGGCAUUUUCGUGGGUACGUCGAACCAGAUAGUCUGAACUUACAUACAACGAGUGCAGGCGAAACGGCCGUUCCCAAGACCGAUGCUCCAGUGCUGGCCCAAACAUCCGGCUCUGCGGUUGUCGGCCACUCUUUGCAUCCAGCCACGGCGGCUCUCCUUGGUCUGAAUGCGCAACGGGUGCAGCAAUCUUCGGUUCCCAUGGACCAUGAAACCGAGGAAGCUGAGGAUGGCGGGCAGAAUGAGGAAGAGGCCAUGAUGAAGAAGAAAGCCGCGACUUCUGCUCUCGCAGAGCUACCCAUUACACCGGGCGCUCUAGUCAACAACCUCGGAAUCCCCAUUGUAGUUGUCGUCACGAAGACUGAUGUUAUGGACAACUUGGAAAGGGAUCAUGGAAUUUCGGAGGAACAAUUCGACCUUAUCCAAAUGCAUAUUCGCCGAUUCUGCCUCUCGUAUGGUGCUUCUCUUAUCUACGUUUCGGCCAAGAAUGGCAAGAAUUGCGGUCUACUAAGCAGCUACCUGCAACAUCGGAUUUACGGAUUCCCGUUCACUCAAAAUGCCUACGUUAUUGACAAGGACAGUGUGUUCAUCCCCGCCGGAUGGGACAGUCUGAACAAAAUAAGCCUGCUGGAGCAGAAUCUUACCAAGUACCGUCCUGGGGACGAAUUCACGGUUGUGAUUCCUCGACCCGAAAAAGCGAGUGCCACUGUCAACACCGAGCCUGAAGUCUGCGCCAUGGAUGAGCAGCGAUUCUUGAGUCGUCUCUACACCAACUUGCAACGCGAUGCAACAUCAGCUUCCGCAAACGAGAAUUCACCCACGGCUCACGACCAGUCGACUCUUGACUCGUCUGCAACUCCGGGAAGUCGACCUUCUUCUGCCUCUUCACAGGCUGCGGCACAACGAAGUCGAUCGUCUGGUGCGGGGAACACGAGUGGUUUGGCCGGGAAUGCGUCAGAGAAGGUGCUUGCUUCCUUCUUCAACAAUCUGCUGAGCAAGGGGUCUUCUGCGCGCCAGAGUCCCAACACGUCGUUUGUCCUGCCUGCCGACACAAGUGGUACCAGUGAAGCACCCAUUCUGACGAACAAGGAGAUGCAGUCCGAGUUGGAGCGACUGGCCCGGACGUCAAAAGAGGCUCUUGACACCUCCGGUGACAAUGCGGCUUCUCCGAGAAAAUCGUAA